UGAUAGCAACCCAUUAUAUGAUUUCAACUUUCAAGAGACAGUGCAUAUUAAUGAAGUUGUCAUUAGGCCAGGUGAUGGAAUUAUGCUGACAUGCACAUACAAUAGUGAAAAUCGAAACACAGUAACAUUGGGAGGGGAAAGCACUUAUGAGGAAAUGUGUCUAUCAUUUCUGAACUAUUAUCCAAGGAUGGGAAUGACUGACUGUUAUAGUUUGUCAUAUCCACAAAGUUUUAGACAAUUCUUAUCAAGACACUACAGUCAAAGUGAAAUUGCUGGAAUUUUCAGUAAUAGUCCAGAAAAUGGUCUAACAAGGUCUGAAGUCGAUGAGAUAUUUAAUAAUAUCACUUGGACACAUGAGGAAACUGAAGUCUUAGAAAACUCACUCUCGACUGGCUCUCAAAUUUCUUUUUGCUAUGGACCUUCACUGUAUGCAGAGGCAUUACAAAAUGUGCCAUCCAUUGGUUGUCCUUAUGAAGCACCUCCUGUAAUGCUGGAGUGUCCUGACUCUGUUGAUCCUACCACUAAUCCUACCACUGAUCCUACCACUGAUCCUACCAGUGGUGCUGUGUCAUUGAUUACUCUCUCAGUCACAGUGCUGCUCUUUGCUAUGAUUGCAAUGAUCCUCAUUAAUUAACUCUUUCUCCUACUCCAUUUUUUGCUGCUUUUUGUCUUAGAUUAUCCAACAGGGAUUGGACUUUUUCUGCCCUUUUCAGUAUUCAUGCCCUUUUUGUCAUUCAUUUGUGCCCCUUUUCAUCUGCUGCUUUUUUAAUAGUCAAUGAUGAUAAUAAUUUUAUUCAUGUCCUCCAUGCCUCCAUCAA